AUGGGUGUUAGACACUUACAAACCUUUAUCCGGACCGAAGUUCCCAAAGGAUAUUACAGAGUAAAUAUCAAGGAAGAAGUUCGCAAACAAACGGGAACACCGUUAAUAGUGGUCGACUUAAAAUCACUUUGUGGUUUGAUCAGUGAAAAAGAUCUACCCGGACUGCUAUGUGGAGGCCGCUACGAGGUAGUCUUCCGUCAGUUGGAUCACUUUUUCCACGAGUUAACUGAACUUGGAGUGGAGCUGGUAUUUUUCAAUGAUGGUUCAAUACAACAAGUGAAAUUCGCUACCUGGAAAGAGAGACAAAUGCGAAAGUACAACACCAGUAUCGAUAUAAUAAAUGCAGUUGAUACCAACGUUUACAAUCUGAACUCGUUGGUAGCCAGGUACCACAACGAAAUUCCGCGUAAUACCCGUUAUUCGUUGCAAGAAGCAGCACAGAAGCAUGGCACAUACAAACUUUCCAUCGAGAGCGAAUGUGACCAAGAUCUGGCCACCUACGCAACUUUGCACAAAGCUUUGGCAAUCAUUACUGAUGAUACAGAUUUUCUUAUUUUUGAUGGCCCUUGGCGCAUCUGGGUUUCCAGCACUUUCGAUAUGGUGAAUUUAACAAUCUUUGAGUAUAGCCGUACUAAUUUGCUUCAAUACCUAAAACUAAGCGCUCAUCAAUUGCCUCUACUGGCUACACUAUCAGGCAACGACAUUAUUAACUACGACGAAGUUAGACCUUUCCACAUGCGGUUGGGACAUCCGAAGCGGAAAUUUCAUACCGUCGCUAACUUCAUACGCAAGCACUCAAAAGCUACCGAUUCUUUAGCCAAUGACAGCAGCUCCAACCGUGAUGAAAUUCUAACAAUGUUGAUUUCUCAGAACAACGAAUUUGCCCAUCACUUAUGGGCCGGUCAACCUUUCGAGUUGACUACCUAUUUUAUAGACUUGCGCAGCGAGCAAGAAGGGUUCGAGUAUGCCAAACUACUGUUUCCGGUAUUCGAACGCCAAGCCGGAAUCUUACUGUGGGACAAACAAGAUGUUGAAGAAUUCACCCUUAUCGUUAAACUAAGCCACAGUGCUCCAUACACCAAGGAACAGCGAUGCGUCGAACGUCCUAAGGAAAUUACACCACCCUCUAUUACGGACCUUCUAUCGGAUGAUCCACUUGUGCAGGCCGACACACGGGACACGAAGCUACAGCUGUUUUGCUGGAUCGUAUCGGAUAAAUUGGACUUUCAUCGUUUUCAGUCGGUUCCCCAGAAGCUAUGGAUAGCCGUGGCAACCUUAUACUAUCUUAUCGAGAAGAAAAUUCUUGAGCUCUUCGAAGCGGAUCUUUUCCUGCUCGUUAGCUACAGAGCCUCAACCGAAUCGUACGAUCCCAAGGCAGUUAAAUAUCCGGACCGCUUGAAGGGUCGACCAUUUCGAAUUGCAUUUCUGUUCACGGAAACGUACAAACAGUUUCUGGCGGCCUUCGAGCGGCUCGGAUUUCAACGGGAAUGUUCGGUCACCUAUCUUCGCUUCGACGGUCCCCUUUUCCACGGCCUUUACGAGGUGUGCCGUGAAUCGGAGGGGUUUUUCGAUGACAUCAAAGAAUGGAGAUUGUACGAAUCAAUCGUUGACGCUCGCUAG